AUGCCGCAUAAUAUUGACAUAGUGUCCAAAAGUGGAACCCUCAGUUAUGAAGCUGUAGACUCAACCUCAUUGGCUGGGUUAAGUCAGAGUCUUGUUAUCGGUACGGGAGAAGACACGAUGCCAGGUACGACGCUUGUCGAUGGUCUAAAGCUGUUCUUUCUUCAUCCGGAAACAGAGGGAAUUAUCGUUAUUGGCGAGAUUGGUGGCGAGGCAGAACUAAGAGCCGCAGAGGCUAUUCAGCAAUAUGGAAGACCCACGCAGAGUCCAAAACCAAUGAUAGUUAUGGCUGCCGGAAACACAGCUCCCAAGAGAAGAACUAUGGGCUAUGCCGGUGCAUUCCUAGACCCAGGCGGUGUAAUAGCAGAGGCCAAGGCUAAGGCAUUAGCUGGCAGCGGGGCUAUUGUAGUGCCGCAUCUAGGAGUAUUGGGAGAGGUGAUGAGCAAGUUACUUUCGUCAUCUUGUAAGUAA